AUGGCUUCCACAGAGGAGCAAAGCGAUAAGACAGCCAAGUCGCAAAUCACUACGAAUGUGGAAGUAGAGCAGGGUCAUCUAGACGAACUACCAGAAGGCAUUGACGAAAAAGUCGAAUACGACUAUGAAUCUGAACGGUCACCAUUUCCUGAGGUUCGAGCUGUCGUACCCGAAACCGACGAUCCAGACCUGCCGGUUAAUACUGUGCGCAUGUGGUUUCUCGGUAUUGUGUUCACGAUUCUCGGAUCCGGUAUUAAUCAAUUUUUCUCCCUGCGAUAUCCCUCCGUACAUAUUGUCUCGUUGGUGGCAGAGUUGCUUGCCUAUCCAUGUGGCGUUUUCCUUGCCAAGGUGCUGCCCGCGGUAACAAUCAACCUUGGCCCCCUUGGAUCAUUUUGCCUUAACCCAGACCAUUAUUUCAAUAUCAAGGAGCAUGCAAUGAUUGUGAUCAUGAGCAAUGUCUCGUUCGGGUACGGAAGCGCAGACUCAACCAACAUUAUCCAGGCAGCAAGUCCCAAGUUCUACAACUUCGGUCUCAAGGCAGGAUUUUCUGUUCUGGUCGUUCUUUGCGCACAACUCCUGGGGUUCGGUGUUGCUGGGCUGGCUGCGCCCUGGCUUGUCGAGCCAGCUAGCAUCAUCUGGCCCCAGGUAUUGUCCAACUGCGCCAUGUUGGAGACACUCCAUUCACGAGCAAAUUCAGUUGCCAAUGGCUGGAAAAUAUCCCGCUUACGAUUCUUCCUAUAUGUGACGGCUGGUGGCUUCAUAUGGUAUUUCUUCCCAGGACUGAUGUUCACCGCGCUAUCCUAUUUUACCUGGAUCUGCUGGAUCGCGCCGCGCAAUGCUGUGGUGAACCAAUUAUUUGGUAUGCAAACCGGCCUAGGACUGAGCCCUAUUACCUUCGACUGGAGUCAGGUCGCGUACAAUACAAACCCGCUUCUCUCCCCGUCGUGGGCGGCUGUAAAUGUAUUUGCCGGGUUUGCAGCUUUCUUCUGGAUCGUGGUUCCGGGGAUCUUUUAUACGAACACUUGGUUCACAGCAUAUCUCCCUCUGAUGACCAGCGAUGUGUACGACAGAACCGGCGCCGUUUAUGACACAGCUCGUGUGAUCAGCCCACAGAGCACAUUGGACCUUGAGGCGUACAAAAGCUAUUCUCCACCGUACCUGGGAGCCACAUUUGCUUUCGUCUACGGCUUGUCCUUCGCCUCGAUCACUGGUGUGCUCACUCACAUCGGCGUCUGGCACUACAAAGAUAUCUGGGCUGCAUUCCGAGGGAAAAAUAGACUCGACGUCCAUGCGCGACUGAUGAAAUCAUACAAGAAGACCCCAUGGUACUGGUACGCUGCCAUCAUUGUCGCUAUGACCGCCAUCUCCAUCGCCAUGGUUGAGGUGUACAAAACCAAACUCCCCGUCUAUGGUAUUUUCCUAGCCCUCGCCAUCCCCGCCAUAUACAUGAUACCCUGCGGCAUUGUCCAGGGGAUCACCAACGUCAACGCAAACCAACUGAACGUUCUAGCCGAAUUCAUCGGCGGCUACAUGUUCGAGGGCAAACCCCUUGCUAACAUGAUCUUUAAAAUUCUUAGCACAGACGUCGUCGGCCAGGGUAUCUACUUCGCUAUGGAUAUGAAACUCGGCCAUUACCUCAAGAUUCCCCCACGAAGCCUCUUUUUAGCCCAGGGCCUAGCUACUAUUCUCGGUGCCCUGACACAGGCUGGUGUCACUAUCUGGAUGCUGGGCCACAUAUCAGAUAUUUGUUCCGAAGACCAACCAGAUGGUUUCUCCUGCCCGAAUGGUAGGACGGUCUACUCGUCCUCGGUUAUAUGGGGCCUCGUCGGCCCUCGGCGUCUCUACUCGGUCGGGCAGAUCUACUCUUCGUUGCUCCACUUCUUUUGGAUCGGCGCUAUUGCCCCACUCGUCACGUAUGCUUUGUACAAAAUCACCAAGAAAGAGUACUGGAAAUACGUCAGUUGGCCUCUUAUCUUCACAGGAACGGCUAAUGUUCCUCCAGCAACGGGAAUAAACUACUCCAGCUGGGCCCUCGUAAACUUCAUCUUCAACCACUUCAUCAAACGCCGCUUCUUCGCCUGGUGGACCAAGUACAACUACAUCCUCGCCGCAGCCCUCGACACGGGCCUCGCGCUCAGCGGAAUAGUCAUCUUCUUCUGCAUAUCCUACCCAGGUGCCGCAUUCCCGGACUGGUGGGGAAACACUGUAUACCAGAACACCGCUGACGCCGACGGCGUGCCAUAUAAGCCAAUGCCAAAGAUCGGGUACUUCGGCCCAGCAAACGGAACCUGGAGUUGA